GGGGCGAGCAGCGUGUUUCCGGUAAGAGCAACAUAACAGUACCACUAAAAACCUUCCGUAAGAAAAAUAAAGCAGACUUUUAAAAGUAAUUUAUUCUCAUGUGAUUCGACAUCGAGUUUAUAACUGCGUAUAUUGGCAGGGAGUAAUCCAUCGAGCGGCGGGGAACACACGCGGCAAUGGAAUCCGAGUUUCGGGAAAUCGACGAGCUCGGGAACUGGACCGCCGUUUACCAGGAGAUCAGGCAGCAGUCCAGCGACCUGCCAUGCAAGCUCGCCAAACUUCCAGAAAACAGAAGUCGUAAUCGCUACAGAGACGUCAGCCCGUUUGACCACAGCCGAAUUUGUCUACAAAUUGGCAAUAAUGACUACAUCAAUGCUAGUCUGAUCUCUGUGGAGGAAGCUCAGAGAAACUACAUACUAACUCAGGGCCCAUUACCAAACACCUGCGGUCAUUUCUGGGAGAUGGUGUGGGAACAGUGCUGCCGAGGGGUUGUGAUGCUGAAUCGCGUUAUAGAGAAAGGCUCCGUAAAGUGUGCUCAGUACUGGCCGCAGCGAGAGGAGAGGGACGCUGUUUUUAAGGACACAAACUUCAAACUCACUCUGAUCUCAGAGGAUGUAAAGUCGUACUACACAGUACGACAGUUGGAGCUGGAGAAUCUGUCGACUCAGGAAUCACGGGAGAUUCUUCAUUUCCACUACACCACAUGGCCAGAUUUCGGUGUGCCCGAGUCACCCGCAUCUUUUCUCAACUUCCUGUUCAAAGUGCGUGAGUCAGGCUGUCUGAGCCCCGAGCACGGCCCUGUUGUGGUCCACUGCAGUGCGGGUAUCGGCCGCUCUGGAACAUUCUGCCUUGUAGACACCUGCCUUCUAUUGAUGUCUCAGAGGAAAGAUCCAUCAUCAGUACGCAUCCGAGAGGUAUUGUUGGAAAUGCGACAAUACCGCAUGGGUCUAAUACAAACAGCUGAUCAGCUGCGUUUCUCUUACCUCGCUGUCAUAGAGGGUGCCAAAUACAUCAUGGGAGACACCUCUGUACAGGAGUCAUGGAAGGAGUUAUCGAAUGAGGAGGACCUCCCCCCUGAAUUUACUCCUCCUCCCAGGCCACGACCUCCACUAAACCCCCCUAAUGGCACAGGUGAUAUGGUGAACUCUGACCCCACGCACUUCUUCGUUGAGACAGCAAAGAACAACAUAGAAAUCUGUGCAAACAGUGCACCUCAGACAUUCACAGAUGGUCCAGACCUUCGCAGACGGGCUGCUGCUGGAGAGGUUGGAGUGACAACAUUGCCAAGCGAACAGCCCGACAACCCCAUCAUUGCGACAGAAGCCCCUCCCAAACCUGCUCGGUCCCCUCCCAAGACUCCACCUGUAGAUGAUGCCCAUGGAGCAUGGAGCCCCCUGCUGGCCAACGUGUGUUUGUGCACAGCGCUGGUUUUAGGUGCUUACGUCUGUUACCGCACCUAUUUCCACUGAUGCUCUCUCUUUCCAUCUUGGCUCAUUUCUCUUUCUCUGUCCCUCCAUCUGCUGGCUGUUUGAGGGAACAGAGAGAGAGAGACACAGACACGCACACUUUCUCAGCUGGGUCCGUCUCGCUCUCUUCGAAUUCUAAUCUGGGGAGAGUUUUAAGAGGCUUUUCUCAGCCAAACUGCUGUUGUUUUUCUCCAAACACACUCUUUCACACUUUAAUAAACACGUGUGUCCGUUUAAACCUCAGGGCCUCACAAUUCAGGUGUUACAACCCAAACGUUAUACACAGGUAAAGCAAAUCCAAAAGACUCUGUUAUUGCUGCAGUAAUUAAGGGAAUUUUUGUCAAUGUAUAUGUAUCUCAAUAAUAUGUAAUUUAGCAAUUUCAAUCUAAUGACUAUCAGUGAUGGUCUUCAGAUGUUCCAAAUGGAGCUGCACAGAAGAUGAGCUCCUCUCAGAGUAAGGGGGCACCAUUCUUUUACAUGCUGAACACACAGACCUGCUGUACAUGAGAAACCUGUAUAUGUGUUUGUGUGUGUCAGAGAAAAAAAGGUUGAGUAGUCUUGGAUUUCUAUAAUUAGAUCAUGUGCUAGGUGUUAAAGGGGUAGAUCGCAAAAAUUUAAUUUGUCAUUUACUCACCCUCAUGCUGUUCCAAACCGAUAUGACUUGCUGUCUUCUGUGGAACACACACAAAUAAGAUAUUGGGCAGAAUGACAGCCUCAGUCACCAUUCACUUUCAAUUUAUGGAAAAAAGACUUAAGGCCAUCAGUCUCAAGCAUUCUGCCUACAGUCUUUUUUUUGUGUACCAUGGAAGAAAGUCAUACUGGUUUAGAAAGACAGGAGAGUGAGUAAAUGAUAACAGAUUUUUUUUUUUUGGGUGAACUAUCCCUUUAAGCUGCUGUCUCAGUGGAAACAUCCCAGACUUGCUGACUGAACCUUAUUUAAUUUUUUUCUCCUCGUUCCCUCAGCUUUUGUGUGUACCCCAAAGGUGACACUGGCACUUCAUCUGUCUGAGUCAAGAGAAAAUGAAAAAUGCUCAAGCAAGUGACUGCACUGUCCCCUCAAUUAUUCAUUUGUUGCUGGAGAGACUUAUUCUGGCAUAUUGUGUUUUUUUUUUUCUUGGUCAAAUCUGUUUUCGUUUGCCCCGAAGGUUCAAAACAUUUCAAAAAUAUUGGAGCUCGUGUCUUCAGUUUAGUUCCCUCCAAAAUAUAAAUUCUUUCUAUAUUUACUCACCCUUAUGUUGUUCCAAACCUGUAUGAAAAGAAAAUUUGAAGAAUGUUGAUGCUGCUCUUUUUGAUCCAUACAGUGAAAUUAAAUGGGGCUGUCAGUCCCUAACAUUCUGCCUAACGUCUCAUUUUGUGUUGCAUUGAAGAAAGAAUGCCAUGCUGGUUUGGAACAAUAUGAGGGUGAGUAUAGGUUGACAGUUUAUCAUUUUUGGGUGAACUAUCCCUUUAACCUCUGGAUGACACAUUCAGGGCAAACCUCAGUCAAAUCUUAUCCAGCCUAUCGGCUGCUUUUCCAGAGGGCCAUGCAAUAAAUGUAGCUGCGGACUUUCAGUUUUAAUCAAACCAGAGCUCAUUGCAGUCGCUCUGUCUCUUGUUGGGCCACUGCCUUACUGAACCAAAAUGUUUACUUAAAGUCUUGCAGCCUCUAUAUUGGCCCUCGUAUUCUGCAUUUGGUGGGUCUUAACUUCAGAUUUUGAGUAAACUUUAGAGCUUCAGCAAUUGAGGUGAAGCAAGUUCACUUCUAUAAUUGCUUCAUGUAAGCAUAAUGUUUUAUUAUUUGUCAGGCCAAAUUAAACGCCAAAAGUGUGUGUGGCAAAGUCAGACCAGCAGGUGGCAGAAUUGAGUGUAAUGGAGAAUUUCACUUGGGUUGGGGCUUGUGGGAAUGGCUUUGAAUUGUAUUUUCUGUUUCACUUUUUGUCUGCUGCAAUAUAGAUACAUUCAGAUUCUUGUGACCCAUUUAAGAAAACUUGAUGAAUGGUGUCCAGUGAGUGUCAAACUCACCAAAAACCAAACACCAGCACAGAAUGAAUGAAAAAGAUCAGUGACAGUGAGCUGGCUUUGGGUUUUUAUUGGGUUUCUGUUUUAUUGCAUUAAUGUUUUUGUCAUAGUAAUAAAUAUCCUGAGAGAUUAUACACACUUGACGAUUGUUCAUAAUGUUAAUUUGACAACCUUUAAUGUAAAAAAUGUAUUUGUUGAAAUAACAUUGAUUAAUAAGUGCUGUAAAAGUAUUGUUCAUAGUUCAUGUUAGCUAAUGUAGUUAACAUGAUAAAAUAAUAUCUAAGGGCAAAUGAAGCCUCAUAUAUAUAUAUAUAUAAAAUACGUGUGUAUAUAUACGUGUGUGUGUGUUUGUGUAAAAUAUAUAUAUAUAUGUAUAUGUAUAUAUAUAUGUAUAUGAACCAAAAAUGAAAAUUCUGUCAUUUACUCACCCUUAUGUUGCUCCAAGCCUGUAUGACUUAAGUGGAACACAAAAGAAAAUAUUUUGAAGAAUGUUUCAACUGUUUUUGUUCAUUUAAUGAAUGUCAUAUGAGGUCCAUUGUUGUUUUGGACCCCAUUGACUUUCAUUGUAUGGACAAAACAAUAAUAAAUACACUGAGACAUGUUUCUUUUGUGUUCCACAGAAGAAAGAAAUGCAUGCAGUUUUGGUGCGACAUGAGGGUGAGUAAAUGAUGUCAGAAUUUUCAUUUUUGGGUGAACUCUCUUUAGGUAUAGUUGUGACAUGGCUCUUUGACUACUAGCUGACACAGUCCAGAAUGGUCAUUUUUGGGCCGUUGGGUAGUUUUCCUGUUUGUCGGUGGGGAUAAGCGGUUCACACUCUGAAGCUCUUGUAAAAUUGGUGCCACCAUCCAUCGUAGUGACUUUCUGACUUACUCCCAGAAUCAGGUCCAGUUGCUGGACCACAGAAUGUAAAGUCUCUCUUCUUGCUAGCUUUAUUUACACACUUAUAUAGAGAAAUGUAUUUGUCUAUUUCUUUUUUUUGUCAUAUUCUGUUAUUUCCGGAUUGGUAGACAUAUGAAAUCAUCCUCGGUCUUUGUAUAUAAGGCUCCUUUUCCCCAUCAUCCUGUUGUUCUUUUUAAUGUUGAUUAUCUAUUUGGUUUUUGUAAGAAAAGCAUAUUAUGCUUUGUUCUGGUUGGAUGUAUUGACAUUUGAAAUUUUAUUUUUGGACAGAACACAGAGCAGAUGCUGUGGUAAUAAACUUAUGCUUCUCUGA